CCGCGCAAGCUAUUGUUUACGAUACGAGUGGAUCACCGAUAAUCGUGCGUUGUUUACUAGAUAGCGCGUCGCAAAGUAGUUUUAUUACUUCCCAUUGUUUCCGACGUCUCGGACUAUGGAAUAAAAUGAAAAAUUGUAAUUUAAUAGUUACAGGAAUCGGUGGCUCGGAAAAACCGUGUAAGGGUUCCGUAGAUAUUAGAAUAUAUUCGCGCCUUAAUAAUAAUAUUAAUUUUAAUGUUUCCUCGCUUAUAGUGGAUAGUAUUACGGACAUGUUGCCGAACGCUCAUGUGGACGUAUCCGCACUUACUCAUCUCGAGAAAUUGCCUCUCGCAGAUUUAGAUUUUGCGCUUCCGGGUAAUAUCGAUAUUUUGAUCGGAGCUGCAGUAUUCCCGCACUUACUGCUACCUAACAUAGUACGCAGUGAGCAAGAUAAUUUACCUCCCGCUAUUGAGACGGUUUUCGGUUAUGUGAUUAUGGGCGCCGUGCCUACGUCACAUAGUUCUCGUUAUACUACGUCUUGCUGUUCUGUUCUUCAAGAAAAUAACAUUAAUUCUCUCGUAAAGCGAUUUUGGGAGCUUGAAGAGAUUUCCGCGCCGCCCUCGAUGAGUCAUAAGGACCUCGAGUGUGAAGAACAUUUCCGCGCUACUACUGUUCGCGAUAACAGUGGUAGGUAUAUAGUCGCGUUACCAUUUUGUGGUGACCCUUAUUCGCUAGGCGAUUCGUACGCCGUCGCUCUCAGACGUUUUCAUUGUUUAGAACGAAAACUGAAUUCGUCACCUAACUUACGCCGCGCUUAUAAUGACGUUAUUCGUGACUACAUCGAUAAAUAUUUUUUGAGCCCAGUUGUGAGUGAUAACGCUGACUGCGUUCCCGCAUAUUAUAUUCCGCAUCACGGUGUAGUUCGCGAAGAUAAAAUUUCCACUAAACUCCGCGUAGUUUUAGACGCUAGCUGUCGGACUACAUCGGGCCAGUCUAUCAAUGAUAUUUUGCAUACUGGGCCGAAUCUACAGGGUGAUUUAUUUAACAUAAUAAUAAAUUUUCGUCUUUUCAAAAUUGCUUUGUCAGCUGAUUGUCGACAAAUGUUUCUUAAUAUAGGCGUUCACGAAUCUGACCGUAGAUUCCAGCGUAUAUUUUACCGCUUUAGUAAUGAUGAACCUAUAACGGUUUACCAAUUUAACCGCGUUUGUUUCGGACUUAGGUCCAGUCCAUAUCACGCCUUACGAGUUGCUUAUUCAGCUUUUCAAGCGAGGCCAAUUUGA